UGCGUGCGGAUCUCCAGCACUUAAACCAGGCGGAAUAUUUGACUCAACUCCUUUCAGUACAGCAAGCACAUGCAGGCGAACGAGAAGAGCAGAUGAGAUCUCAGAGGACUGCAGACAACAGACAUGGUUGGAGGCCAUCUGAGAUGUUCGAUGUCGAGUUCAACCUCCUACACGCUUACAGCACAGGAAACAUUCUAAAGGGAUUAUGCCCACUGUCCCACAAUGCCGCUACCCUCAGGUUGGCUGCUUCGGCACUCUGUGGUUAUGUGGCUGCUGUUUCACAGCUUGGUGCUGAUGACGCUGUGUUUCCACAACGCUGCGACCUCCUGCUCCAAACGCUGUUACUGUUCGGACAGUGAGGGCUCAUUCGGUGGUAAGACCAUGCGUUGUAGCAACCUGCAUCUCACUGAGAUCCCUCAGGACAUUCCCAACGACACACAACGCCUCUACCUGGACUACAACCUACUGACCAGUAUACCCGCCAAUGCUUUUCGUGAUCUUCCACUGCUGACCGAACUGGAUCUUUCCCAUAAUGAAUUAGCUCUGCUCGAACCCGGAGCUUUCAGAGGCCUGGCAGCCUCACUACAGUUUCUGGACCUCUCGUCCAACCAGCUCAAGACACUGGACCCGGAAGCAUUUCAAGGCGUUAAAGCAAGAUCCAACCUCACGGGAAACCCCUGGCAUUGUGACUGUAUGCUCCAGACGGCUCUUCCGCGAUUAGACCUGGAGCCCAUGUCUUUGACCGGUAUCGUCUGUCAGACAUCUGAACCCCCCGACUCCGGAGCCCAAGGUGUGCCCUUCCUGCUGGCCAAAGACCUGGACCUGUGUGUGGUGCUCAAAAAGACCACGGACGUGGCCAUGCUGGUGACCAUGUUUGGAUGGUUCACCAUGGUCAUCUCCUACCUGGUCUAUUACGUGAGACACAAUCAGGAAGAUGCCAGGCGCCACCUGGAGUAUCUCAAGUCUCUGCCCAGCAGGCAGGGCAAGUCUGAGGAGUCUUCCACCAUCAGCACUGUGGUAUAGCAUCAUGUGCUCAUGACAUGUGGGGGAAACUUCUCAGGCUAACAAAAGGCACAAUGGGCACACUGGGAAGAUGAGAUAGCUGUCUAUACAUAUAAGGGUAAAAGUGAAGAAUGUAGGCUUUGUAGCCCAUGAAUGAUUGACCGCUCCAUUUAAGAUGCUUCUCAGGGUUGACCAGUACCCUCCCAAAGAACCAGAAUGAACUUUUGUAACAAGAUGCAUGAUAGUGCAACAUCCAAAAUGAGACAGAAACCAUCUACAGACGGUUUCUGUUUUUUUGUAAAUGCCACAAACUUGCAGAUAGAGAGGACAGGAGACAGAAUGAGCAAAAUCACAGGGGCCAUCUAAUCCAAUCCAGAUGAAUAAUUGAUUUAGAAAUGACCAAGCUUCAAGUUCAUCUUGACUAAGAGGUCUGUCGUUGUUAGUUUUUUGACAGAUGCCUAUUUGGCAGGACGUGCGCAGAGCACUCGUUCUUUAGGGUAUUUACAAAAUGUACUUUUGUUGUCCCUGUAGAGGCGACAUCAACAUUUUACAGCGCCACACUUUCUUGCACGCAUCAGUGAUUUUUCAGGUGUCUCAGUACACAGACUGCAAAAAGUAAAACGCUUUAUGGCUUCCUUCGAUGUCCUGUGGUUCGUUUUUACAGGGGAGCGAAAAACUGAGUUAUUUUCCUUGUGAGCCUUGCAGCGGUAAUGAUGUUGAGACCUGAAGAAAAUAAACAGGUUGGCUUGUUAUUUUCAUGACCAAUCACUGUAAGAUAAAUCACUGUUAAAGCUGUUUCAAGGGAAAACAUCCCAUGCACUCUUUUGACUCUUGAAAUGAUUCCUGACAUGUUUCGAGACUUUUGAUGUUUAAAAAUAAUGAGAUGAUGUUGACCACCACAGGAAGGCUUUGUGCUGUUGGACUGAAUCCUGAACUUGGUAUGUCACAUUAAAUACUGGGAGAAUGUGCGGUUUCUUUUGAAAAGUGCCAGCAAGUAUAAUUCAGAACG